AUACUGACCGAUACCCAGCAACCCGACGAAAACUCCAUAAGCAGCACCAAGCAUCUACCGGAAAGUGCUACAAAUGAUAUCAAUAGCAGCAAAGGAGACGUAAGAUUCUACGUUAGAACUGAAGGCUUGGUUGGUCGAUUGGGCGAAAUUACCGACAUG